AUUUUCCGGACGGUUUCUGUGUGUUUGAGUGAAACGCGCUUUGUACGGCGUCGAGGAGAAGUUAAAUACAACACUGAUCUAACAUUACGUUCGUCCUCAAGAUGUCCAACACCAAACUGCUGCGUUUACGGAGUUUUUUAACUGAACGCUUAACCACCGCGGCCGUGGAGAUAUUUGGAGAAAUAGAAACUACUGUGGAGGCUUACUACGAGGAAAACAAGCGCCUGCGGAAUGUGCUGCACGUGGUGCUCAACCCAGAGAUAAAGCUGUCGAAAAUAGAUGUUGGCCAAUACUCUGGAGCCUCACAGGGCAGAGAGCAGCCCUGUGAGCUGAGAUCCAGGCUGGAACAGGAAAUACUAGAACCGUUGCCCAAAAAACCUAAAGAAGAGCCAAUUGAAUAUGACAUAAGUCAGGUAUCAGAACAACAAGAAGGACUGGGGGAAGUGGAUAACUGUAUAAGCACAGAUUGUGUAAAAAAUGAAACAGAAGAAGAAGACGUAAGCAUGCCCUGUAUCACUCAUCCAUUCCACAUAGAGGUGAUUGAGUUCAGACCGGACUCAUCAGGCGCUCUCGAGCCUGGACAGGAGAACUGCUCCCCGUCGGUCUCAGGUGCGAUCACAGAUAACCCACAGCUACACAAAAGUGAACAAAGCACAAGUCAAAGUCUGGAACUUCAAAAACCUGACAAAUUGUCAACUAAAAAUGUAACGGGUGUGAAACCAGGCAGAGUGAGUGACAUGGUGUUCACUUCCACUAAGCCAAAGCAGUUUACAGUUGCUGACGGUGAGUACACGUUACAAGGCCGUGCGGGGGGAGCUGCCAGACCCAGAUGUCCUCAAAGUCAGCGAGGCAUACAAGGACUUCUCAGCAGACAUCGCACCACUGAUCACCACCAUGGCUAUAAGUGUGGACGUGCCACUGGUUAACUCCACCUUUGGAAAAGUUCAGGAAGGUAGCCCUAUCUCAUACCAGCAUCCACUACCUCUUAGCCGGGUUAUAGUGCGUCACCCAGAUGCCCCUCCACCACCACCUCUACCUGUGGAUGGCUAUAGGCUGGAGCCUACCACCUGUGAGUUUGUGGGCAGUCAUCAAGAAGAGCACCUCCAUCUACUGUCACUUGCGACAACAUUGCUCAUGGCAAGGAAAAUUGAGGUGGCCACAAGGGAGCAGAGCGACAGUGUGGAAUGGCACCGUGUUAGGAGGCCAAGAAUAACUUCUUCCCGUUUCAGGGAAGUAUGCCAUGUUCGAGGUCAGAGUUCGGCUGAAAACUUGGCACAACGGAUUCGGAAGGGAGUGGCGCAAACGGCGUCGAUGAAGAGGGGACUGGCACUGGAACCGUUUGCCAUCCAGGAAUACUGCCGGAUUAAAAACACCAAUUACUGGCCGUGUGGGUUUGUCAUUCACCCAGAUGCCCCCUGGUUAGGGGCAUCUCCUGACGGUCUGGUGUUUGACCCAACUGAGAGCCCACCUUUUGGACUUGUAGAAAUAAAAUGCCCAAAUGUGAAAAGUUAUGUGGACUGUAGCUACUUAAAAAUGCAAAGUGGCACAUUAAAACUGAAGCAGUCUCAUAGCUACUAUUGGCAGGUGCAAGGCCAGCUCCUACUCACAGGGAUGGAGUGGUGCGAUCUCGUAGUUUUUGCAGAGGAGGAUAUCCUUAUACAGCGUAUCUGCAGAGACUGCGAGGUGGCUGCAACCAUUAGGGAGAAGGGAGAUUAUUUUUAUUUUUAUUUUUACAUGGACUGAUAUGCACUACACUACAUUAGUGUACCAUACUACAUCACACUAUACAUUACUGAUCUAACAUGAAUAUGUUCCUGUAUAUAGUUCUUUCAAUUGCUAAAACCAGAACCAAGUGUGUUCUAUAAGUAAAAAGAUCCUUUACUCAAAGGACCAAUGUGAGGAAGAAAGGGGUGUUUAUUGGCAGACAUUUAAUGUCAUAUGGAGUAUGAUCAUUGUGUAUAAUCACCUAAAACGAAUGGCUCACUACUCAACUUACUCAAUAGUUAUCCAUUAACAAAAGUUGUGGAUGCUAACUAACUUAUCUUGCGUUGAUACAACACUCUUUCAGAGGAAAUGUUGGAAAUGCACACAUUAUAUAUAUUUUUUGCAUCUACUUUCUAGAUAUUGUACAUCUGUUCAUCUGUUAUAUAAACUAGCAUUACUUAAAUAUGCAGAGACUAAUUGAAAUGUUUAAAUAUGUAUGUUUUCCCCCGAUAUAACAUCAACCUAUGUUUUGUAAAAGUUUAUUAAAUUAAUCUGUAAAAUGUUAUCAUAUUGUGGAUUUAUUAAAUUAUGUAUUUUCCUAUGUUAUUUAAGUGUGCGU